CCCACUGUAACUCACAUGUACGCCCACUGUGGCCGUUCAUGAGGUGGACCAGCCUUGACAGUAGUACAAGUGUGUAGAUUUUAUCAUAUUUGAUCGAUAAAUUAGACAGUGUCUCCAUAAUGAGCUCCCAGAUCACCUGUGUCGGAUGGGUGGCUCGAGGCGUUGCCAAGGAAACCCCGGACAAAGUCGAGUUGAGCCAAGAGGAGCUGCAGCGCAUCAUCACUGAAGCAAAAGAGGAGCUGGGGGAGCUGGCAGCCGGGGAUGAAGAGGAUGAUGAUGAAGGUAUAGCUUGCGAAGAGAAUCCUGUGAGUGAUACAGCGGACGGCGCUGGAGUUCCAAAAGCAGAGAAGGACGAAGGAAAUGAGGAGGACGACGAGCUGGCAGAGUACGGCCUGGAUAAAUAUGAUGAAGAGGAUGCAGCGACCGCCAGUCUGGGCGACAGUCUGGCUGGGCUCACAGUGUACAGCUGUAAUGACGAGGAUCCUUACAUCACCAUCAAAGACACAGACCAAUAUGAGCGAGAAGACUUCCAAAUCAAGCCCGGUGACAAUCUCAUUCUGGCAGGCCGGGCAGAAAAGGACUGCUGCAAUUUGGAGAUCCAUGUUUAUAACUCUGAGGAGGACUCUCUGUACGUUCAUCAUGAUAUUCUGCUGCCGGCCUACCCUCUGUGUGUGGAGUGGCUGAACUUUGACCCCAGCCCUGGAGAAGGACCUGGUAACUAUGCUGCAGUGGGCAACAUGACUCCUCAGAUAGACGUGUGGGACCUGGACGUGGUGGACUGCCUAGAGCCAGCCUUCUCCCUCGGGAGCAAAAAGGCCUCCAAGAAGAAAAAGAAGAGCAAAAAGGGAGCGGCGGCGGCAGCAGAGCCUGUCGAGGGACACACAGAUGCAGUGCUGGACUUAUCCUGGAACAAACUGGUCAGAAACGUGUUGGCCAGCGGAUCAGCAGAUGACACGGUUAUCUUGUGGGAUCUGAGUCAAGGCAAACCAGCCACAACUCUGCGCAGGCACACUGAUAAGGUUCAGACGUUAUCAUUCCACCCGUUUGAGGCACAGACUAUGAUAUCAGGAUCAUAUGAUAAGACAGUUGUUCUGUACGACUGUCGCAGUCCAGACAGCAGCAAUCGGACAUGGAGGUUCAGCGGUCAAGUGGAGCGUGUGACGUGGGACCACUUUUCACCGUGCAACUUCCUGGCCAGCACAGAGGACGGAUUUAUCUACUGUCUGGAUGCACGCUCAGAUAAACCUGUUUUCACACUGAGGGCUCAUGACGGAGAAGUGUCAGGUUUGGACCUCAGCAGCCAGAUUAAAGGAUGCCUGGUGACCUCAUCAGCCGACAGACACGUUAAGGUUUGGGACAUUUUGGGCAACAAGCCCAACCUGGUGCACUCGCGGGAUAUGAAAAUGGGUGUGCUGUUCUGUGCGUCGUGUUGCCCUGAUCAGCCCUUCGUCUACGCCUUCGGGGGACAGAAGGACGGCUUGCGGAUUUGGGAUAUAAGUGAUGUUGCAGCAGUGACUGAGGUGUUUGGCGGUCGAGAGCGUCUGGUGGCGAACACGGGAUCACAGGCAUCCAGCGCUGCAGCCACAGCAGAGAUGGACGUCUCUUAGUCUCACUCUGGACGCAUCGAUGACUUGUAAACAUGAAUAAACUGAGCAUCCCUGAAAAGACGUCAAGCUUUUAUACUUGCUGCUGAAGCUGCAUUCCUGAAGGAUAUGAAAUGUCGGCCAGAAUGCAAACUUGACCGGAGCACACCUGAAAAACUUGUUGAGCUUGUCUCUCUGCGCAGGUAACAACAGCAGCCCGGCACACUUGAAGACGUGUUAAGAAAAGACAAAGUGUUUCUCAUAUUAGUGAAUUUUUUCAUGAGUUUAUUUUGGAUUUUUAGGUGGAAGCAGUUCAGUAUUUGAAUGACUGUCUCUCUCUGAUCUCUUUCAAUUUGCCUGUCUUUGUACAUUUACAAAUGUAAUAUGCGACUUAAACUAUUUUCACAUGAAUACCUGACAUUGUGAUAUUGCAUACCAGGGUUUCCUGGUAAUAAAGAAUGGUAAAAUGAAAUACUAAAAGACGCCUGUGUGCUCACACCUGGCAAAGGUAUUGAAAAAGACUUAUAUUCAACAAAUAAAUACAGUUUAUAAAAUA